UGCAGCUUAUAAACCCUUCCUCUCCUCUGUCGUCUCCUCACCUCCUCCUCUCUUUCCUCCCCUCAGCACCGACCCUCUUGCAGACCUGAUCCACCGACUCCCUGAACAUGGCGGCCCGGACGAUGCAGGCGGCUCGCUGCCCGACAGACGAGCUGUCCCUGACUAACUGUGCUGUGGUGAGCGAGAAGGAUCUGCAGUCCGGACAACAUGUGACUGUGAAGACGACCCCCAACCACAAGUUUGUGUUCACAGUGAAGACCCACCACACUGUGGCCCCCGGGAGCAUCGCCUUCAGCCUGCCGCAGAGGAAGUGGGCCGGACUCUCCAUCGGUCAGGAGGUGGAAGUGGCCGGCUACAACUUCGAUAAGUCCAAGCAGUGCAUCGGCGCCAUGACCAUCGAGAUCGACUUCCUGCAGAAGAAGAGCACCGACUCCUCCCCCUACGACUCGGACAAGAUGGCAGCCGAGUUCAUCCAGCAGUUCAACAACCAGAGCUUCUCCGUCACCCAGCAGCUCGUGUUCAGCUUCUGCGACAAGCUGUUUGGUUUGAUGGUGAAAGACAUCGAGGCGAUGGACGCCAGCAUCCUGCGAGGAGAGCCGGCGUCCGGGAAGAAGCAGAAGAUCGACUGCGGGCUGAUGGUGGGAAACAGCCAGGUGAUCUUUGAGAAGGCCGAGAGCUCCUCCCUCACACUUGUCGGGAAGGCGAAGACUAAGGAGCAGCGUCAGACGAUCAUCAAUCCCGAGUGGAACUUCGAAAAGAUGGGGAUCGGAGGUCUGGACAGAGAGUUCUCCGACAUCUUCCGCCGAGCCUUCGCCUCCCGAGUCUUCCCCCCGGACAUCGUGGAGCAGAUGGGCUGUAAGCACGUGAAGGGCAUCAUGCUGUUCGGGCCCCCCGGUUGCGGUAAGACUCUGAUGGCUCGGCAGAUCGGGAAGAUGCUGAACGCCCGAGAGCCCAAGGUGGUGAACGGCCCCGAGAUCCUCAACAAGUACGUGGGCGAGUCGGAGGCCAACAUCCGGAAGCUGUUCGCCGACGCCGAGGAGGAGCAAAAGAGGCUGGGGGCCAACAGCGGGCUGCACAUCAUCAUCUUUGACGAGUUGGACGCCAUCUGCAAGCAGAGAGGAACGGGAGCCAGCAGCACGGGCGUGCACGACACCGUGGUCAACCAGCUGCUGUCCAAGAUCGACGGCGUGGAGCAGCUCAACAACAUCCUGGUCAUCGGAAUGACCAACAGGCCCGACCUGAUCGAUGACGCUCUGAUGAGACCCGGCAGGUUUGAGGUCAAGAUGGAAAUCAGUCUGCCCGACGAGAAGGGCCGUGUGCAGAUCCUGACAAUCCACACCAACAAGAUGCGAGGCUUCAACCUGCUCGCCGAGGACGUGGACAUCAAGGAGCUCGCCGCCGAGACCAAGAACUACAGCGGCGCCGAGCUGGAGGGGCUGGUCCGAGCCGCGCAGUCCACCGCCAUGAACCGACACAUCAAGGCCACAUCCACAGUGGAAGUGGACAUGGAGAAGGCCGAGAAGCUGCAGGUCACCAGGAGCGACUUCAUGGGAUCCCUGAACAACGACAUCAAACCAGCGUUCGGUACGAACCAGGAGGAUUACUCCAGCUACAUCAUGAACGGCAUCAUCAAGUGGGGAGACCCCGUCACUCACGUCCUGGAUGACGGGGAGCUGCUGGUGAACCAGACCAAGAACAGCGACCGCACGCCACUGGUGGCCGUGCUGCUGGAGGGCCCCCCCCACAGUGGGAAGACGGCACUGGCGGCUCAGAUUGCAGAGGACUCGGAAUUCCCCUUCAUUAAGAUCUGUUCUCCAGACAAGAUGAUUGGACACUCAGAGAUCUCCAAGUGCCAGGCAAUCAAAAAGGUGUUUGACGACGCCUACAAGUCCCAGCUCAGCUGUGUGGUGGUGGACGACAUCGAGCGUCUGCUGGACUACGUUCCCAUCGGGCCUCGCUUCUCCAACCUGGUGCUGCAGGCUCUGCUGGUGCUGCUGAAGAAAGCCCCGCCAAAGGGGAGGAAGCUGCUGAUCAUCGGCACCACCAGCAGGAAGGACGUCCUGCAGGAGAUGGAGAUGCUGGACGCCUUCAGCACCACCAUCCACGUUCCCAACAUCUCCACUGGGGAGCAGCUGGUCGACGCAUUGGAGCUGCUUGGAAGCUUCACGGAUAAAGAGCGGGCCAGCAUCGCCACGCAGCUCAAAGGGAAGCGGGUCUGGAUCGGCAUCAAGAAGCUGCUGGUGCUCAUCGAGAUGUCUCUGCAGAUGGAAGCCGACUACAGAGUGAGCAAGUUCCUGUCCCUGCUCAGAGACGAGGGGGCGUUGAAUGAAGGCGAUCAAAUCCGAAUUUAAGCGGCUCGCUGUGCACUGUGACCGCAGCUUCUAUGAGUAGAGGAGGGAAGCAACAAGCCGACAAACAUGAGGAAGAGUUGAAGAAGAAGAAGAAGAAGAAGAAGAAGAAAUCUUCCAUCCGUCCACCCAAUCUCUGUCUACUUAAACACACACACACCUGGUCAAAGAGCGGAACACACACUCUUUAUCUCAGCAUGUUUCCCAGCCUUCCUCCUCCGUCUCCUCUCCAUCGCCAUCAACUUUACUUAUCGACAUAUCGCAGCAAACUUCUGGAAGUCGUACCGUUAUCAAUCUGUUGCUAUAGAUGAUUGUAAAGAAUAAAGUGCUGUAUUGUGCAUCGUGUGUAGAAAAAACCAACCCAAAAAAACAAAAGUGUGUUUCCAGCUGUAGUGUUUGUUGUUCUCGUUGCUUAGUUAUUGUUGGUGUAUCCUCACAAACACAAGCGGAGCGGAGCGCACACUUCUGGAUAUAUAAUCACGAGUUGAGAGGCUUUUAGUGAACGUGCAGUGGUUGUAAAUGUAGACCCUUUAUUAUGCAGUGUUCAUGUUCUGUACAUAGUAUAUAUA